AUGGAAGACGAGGACGACGGUUGGUGUCCUUCUCCGCGCCCGAUGAAUGACGCUGCUCAGUCCGACGGUGUUGAGGAGUGGAUCGCCUCGCCGCAAAACGAGGUUGCUGCAGAGCCGGCUGAAACGGUUGCAACGCAGGUUGUCGAUGCGGCUACUCCUGAGUCAUCCGGUUCAGUCGCUGUGAAGAAGCGUCGAUUCACGCAGCAGGUUCUGCAGUGGGAAACACCGCCUCCGAAGCCCGUCGCUCCACCUCCCCGUGCUGCCCCACCCCCCAUUCGUCCCCUUACAGACGAGGAGAAGAAGGAGAAGGCAUACCUGAAGGCGCAGAAGAGCUACACGUCUGAUUGGCUGCCAAAGUUUGACUGGCUCAUUCUGGACAAGACGCCAGAGGGUGACCCGUGCCUGCGCUGCAGUGUCUGCAUGGAGCACGGGAAGGACAACGCGCAGUACGGUCGCAAUGGCGCUGGCGGUCGUGAUCUGCAGAUCGGGUCGAUGCGGUGGCACGAGAACAGCGCGAAGCACGAGGACGCCAUGAACAAGCUGGCAAACCUUCUGCAGAAGAUCGUGGACCAGAAGAAGAUAGAAGACUUCGCGAAUGGUGAUCCGGAAGGCUGUCGCGUCGUAGUACUCAUGCGCGCCAUGCGAUUUGUGUGCCGUACCGACACACCCAUCCACAUGUACCCACAGAUCGUGCAGCUGCUCGCAGAGGAGGGGGUCGAGGUGUCGCAAGUGACAGAGGAGGUCGACUGUGUGGUGUCCCUCAUCGAGCACCGCUACAUCGACUACGAUGGUGGUUUCGGGGCGGGGCUGAGCCCCAACUUGUCUCCAUUCAUGGCACGUCUCAAGAAAGGGGACAAGAAGGUGAAGGUGGACGGUGUGGACGCGAGCGGGAGACCCGUCAAGCACACCUUCGAGCUCAGCGAGCUGCCGGGCAAAAAGCACAAGUUCGGCGGGACGCUAGCAGAAUGCGUUAAGUUGGGCAAGGCCUUCGCCCGCGAGGUCGUGUUCAACCUGGAGCACCGCAUGCGAGAUCUUCGUCGAAUGGGCGGCAUGAAGCUUUUCAGGGUGGACAAGUGGCCAGCGAAUCCGGACACGCGUGUGAGACGUUGUGCCACGUGGCUCUGCGAGAACUCGCAACUGUUCAACCACCAGCUGCCAGGUAUGUGUAUAUAA